AUGGCGGUUGCUAGGGGCUGUGAUGAGUGUGGGAAGUCUUUUACCCGCACUGGACACUUAAAAACUCACCAACUCAUCCACAGUGGAGUUAAACCUUACAGCUGUGACCUGUGUGGAAAGUCUUUUACUCUGGCUCAGAACUUAAAAACACACCAAGUCAUCCACAGUGGAGUUAAACCUUACAGCUGUGAUGAGUGUGGGAAGUCUUUUAUCCGCACUGGACACUUAAAAAGACACCAACUCAUCCACAGUGGAUUUAAACCUUACAGCUGUGACUUGUGUGGAAAGUCUUUUACCCGGGCUGCACACUUAAAAACACACCAACUCUUCCACAGUGGAUUUAAACCUUACAGCUGUGAGUUUUGUGGAAAGUCUUUUACCCGGGCUGGAGACUUAAAAAGACACCAACUCAUCCACAGUGGAGUUAAACCUUACAGCUGUGACUUGUGUGGAAAGCCUUUUACCCGGGCUGGAGACUUAAAAACACACCAACUCUUCCAUAGUGGAUUUAAAGCGUACAGCUGUGGCUUGUGUGGAAAGUCUUUUACCAUGGCUCAAACCUUAAAAACACACCAACUCAUCCACAGUGGAGUUAAACCUUACAGCUGUGACUUGUGUGGAAAGUCUUUUACCCUGGCUGCACACUUAAAAAAACACCAACUCAUCCACAGUGGAGUCAAAGAGUGCAUCUGUGGCUUUUGUGGUAAAGCUUUUGCUCAAAAUGACAGUUUACAGAGGCAUCUAGUUACCCACUCUGGAAUUAAGGCGUACAGCUGCAACUUUUGUGGAAAAAGUUUCAGCAACAAACACUACCGAAAUAUUCACCUACGGAUUCACACUGGAAAUGAUGUUUCCUGCUGUGAUCAGUGUGGGAAACUGUUUACAACAGAUGCACAUUUAAAACUACACAUGUUUAGCCACACUGAGGAGAGACCUUAUAAAUGUGACCUGUGUGAGAAGACUUUUAAAGCUCCACAUCAGCUGAAUAAACACCAACAGAUCCACACCAGAAAGUAACUCUACAAGUGCAGUUACUAAGUGGAGCAACGCACAUGGAUCCAGGUCUCAACCCUGUCGUCACUGUGGUGGUGGGAAAGAGUUUCUCUGUGACCUUUGUGGAAAAACCUCCAGUCAUUAACAGGACCUAAAACCUCAUCAACGUAGACACACUGGAGACAAAAUGAACUACUGCAAAGAAUGUGGGAGAGGCUUCCACACACCAAGUACAUUAAAAAUACAUGACCUCUUCCACAGUGGGGUCAAAAAGCACAUCUGUGACCAGUGUGGGUCAUCCUUCAACACUGGACAUGAGCUCAAUGAAAAAGCAUAAGGGAAUCCACACAGAAGAGACACCAUACAAGUGCAGACACUGUGACAAAAGCUUCUCACAAUCAGGUCAUCAUAACAAACAUGAACGUACACACAUGGAA